GGGUCGAGUCCCGGAUCAUAGGUCUGUCCCAGGGCCGUGUGUGUGGAAGUGCGCUGCUCAGAGGACCCUCGGCACAGUCUGACCCUGCCCCGGUCCAAAGUACAAGUACUGCGCUGGUUUCUUGAGGCUCAGGUCGGUCUGUUUUCACUUCAUGUUCUUGUAUUUUGCCUCACUAGAGUGUGUUAUACAGGCUCGUGCUCUGAACAGAAUCAAGUCUUUUGUCUGUCUGUCUGUGGUAUACUGAUUCAUUGGCAGUGAAGAGCCUGGUAUCGUCGCUGUGUCAUUGGGCAAGACACUUCUUCCAUCUUCCCUCCAGUGUUUGUGUACACUGAAUGAACAUGUGUGUGUUCUAACCAAUCAGAACCUGAUUAAAAGAUCACCUGUGAGGGCCCCUGUGCAGUACCCCCCUGGGCCUCUAGGGGCCCCACACCUUCAGAGCGAUGGGCAGCUCCGGGUCCAAGCGCCGGUUCUUUUGGCAGAAGAAGAGGUCUCCUGUGGAGCGAGCCUGGAACAAACUCACCACAAACAAGAGGAAGAAGUCCAAGAGAAAGAGCAAUGUCCCAGGACAGGACAAGUUGAGACUGUCCCAAACCCCACCCCAGAAAACUCCCCCCGAGGAAUCUCCCCUCAGACCCCCCUGGCACCACAGACUGUCCCAGAUCACAUCCCAGACCCCUCCUCAGAAUCCUCCCCCCCAGAACCCUCCCCUCAGACCCCCCUGGCACCACAGACUGUCCCAGAUCACGUCCCAGACCCCUCCUCAGAAUCCUCCCCCCCAGAACCCUCCCCUCAGACCCCCCUGGCACCACAGACUGUCCCAGAUCACGUCCCAGACCCCUCCUCAGAAUCCUCCCCCCCAGAACCCUCCCCUCAGACCCCCCUGGCACCACAGACUGUCCCAAACCCCUUCCCAGAAUCCUCCCCCCCAGAACCCUCCCCUCAGACCCCCCUGGCACCACAGACUGUCCCAGAUCACAUCCCAGACCCCUCCUCAGAAUCCUCCCCCCCAGAAUCCUCCCCCCCAGAACCCUCCCCUCCGACCCCCCUGGCACCACAGACUGUCCCUGGGGCCCCUCCGGAAGAGCGCCAGCAGUGGAGAGGGCAGUGAGGGGGAGACCAAGGGAGAGACCAAGGUGGCCACCAAAGGGUCCCGGGACAAGAGGAGCCUCUCUUUACCUCUGCAGCUGCAUCGCAAAAACUGAACAAAAACUUCUCCUGAAAUGCAGUAGUAUUGAAGUGAGAUGUGGCUGUUAAAGGUCCUAUAUUACACAAAAUGAACUCUUGUGAGCUUUAAGAUGUUAUAAUACUGUUACCUCUUCAAAAACCUCCUCAAAAACAGAAUUUGAAUAUGAAUCUAGUAGUAACAAGUACAGCCAGCCCGGUCAAAACCAUAGACCGUAUAAAGAAGUGGAGUAAGUGCGACGUCACCCACAGCGUUCGGCUCCAGUCUCAUCGAGGCUAGAGCAGUUAUAGGUGCCAAUUUGGAGCAGUUUCGUGUUUGGAAUUAUAACUGUAUCAUAUGAACCGAAGCGCCAAUCCGGAGCGAGGCUGUUGAAGGUAACGGCACGAGCCUGACAGAGGGAGGGGGCGACAGUUUUUCAAUAGAAAGUGAAUUUGAGCCGAUAGCGCGCCCGUGAUCACUUCCUAUUUGGAGCAGCAGGUUAGCUAUGUCCAUUUAUGUGUGCAGUCUAUGAUCAAAGCCUGAUCUGGUCAAAUCUCAGAAGCUAAGCGGGGCCGGGCCUGGUCAGUACUUGGAUACGAGACCACUGGGAACUCCUUACGCAAGGCACUUCAUCCAUUACUGUGGUGUGUGUGAUUGUUGGUGGUCAGAGAAGACAAUGGCACAAAUGGGCAGCCUCACUUCUAUCAGUCUCUUCAUCACCGUUUACCGCAGAGUGCCUUUUAGUUAUUUUUAUUUUUUUUUUACAUCUAUAACCUGACGUGAUGUGCGGUAUUUUCAUUAGCAGGAUGCACUCUGAUUGUGUUGUGAUGGCGCUAUGAAGGGGAAGUGACUUAGCACGGAGAACAAACGGAGGGGGGGACUCAGAGCAUCUAAAACGAAAUUGCAACUAAUUAAACAUGUUAAUACGUUGUUUUUCAGCAAAUAUAGCAUUUUCAAAACAAUAAAAGGUCACAUGCUGAUCUAAAUCCACUCAUUCUGUCCUUUGUUUUAUAAUAGGUGAUGGAUCUGAAACCCUUAACUGUGUUUUAUAUGAAAAAGUGGGUUGUCCAUCAGUGUCUGUUAGAAAAGAACAGCAAUGUAUGAAAUUUAUCUAUAAGGGACGACUUCAAAAACCGUCAGAACACUUCACCUGUUUGUGAAUCAUGAUACUGAAACAUUUAACACCAGAUCACAUGACUGCGUAAGACUCAGGACGAGCCGCAGCAGAACUGAGACAUAAAAGAGGCUUCAAGUCGUUUUGCUUUACGAAAAUAGAAAACACUCCAAGGAGAAGCAAAACUGAACACUUUAGUGACACAAUCGGAAUUUAAUAAUCUGGUAAACUUUUAUACGAACGCCUGCUCCUGUUUUUAAUGUUUUGUCUGGACUUUGUAUUUGUUUUGUUUGUUUUUCUGCUUGUAUUGUGUUUUAAAACCGAGCGAACAUGGAAAAAAAGAUCCCAAGUGCUCUCAUUGGGCUCCCCUGCUGUAUA